ACUGCAAUGGGCAAUAAAACACAAAAAGUUCCAAUUCUCUUUCUCUUGAAUUUUCUUGCAUUGGUUUUCAGAACCAAUGCAGGAGGAGACACAGUGAUUUACUGGGGCCAGAACGAGACAGAGGGUUCAUUAACCGAAACAUGCAACUCUGGACUGUACAACAUUGUGAACAUAGCGUUUCUUGCAAGAUUUGGCGGCGGGCGUAAACCCGAAAUCAACCUUGCAGGUCACUGCGACCCUGCAUCAAACGGUUGUAAAUUUUUGAGCACAGACAUAAAGAAUUGCCAGAAGAGAGGCAUCAAGGUGAUCCUCUCAAUCGGGGGUGGUGAGCCAGGGUACUCCUUGUCAUCCGCCGGAGAUGCUACAAACGUGGCAGAUUUCAUAUGGAACAACUUCUUGGGAGGGGAAUCCAGGAGAAGACCACUGGGUGAUGCAGUGUUGGAUGGUGUAGAUUUCGACAUUGAAGUUGGUGGUGGUGAAGCCUUCUACGCGGUGCUUGCAAGGAGACUCUCUCGGCACAGCAGAGGAGGGGGAAGAAAAGUGUACCUAACAGCAGCACCACAGUGUCCCUUCCCUGAUGAACACCAGAAUGGAGCACUGUCAACAGGGCUAUUUGACUUUGUUUGGGUUCAGUUUUACAACAACGAUUGUCAGUUUGACUCCGGUGACCCCAGCAAGUUCCAGAAUUCGUGGAAGCAGUGGGUGUCGUCCAUUAAGGCUAGGAAAAUUUAUUUGGGUCUUCCUGCAUCUCCAUCAGCAGCUGGUAGCGGCUUUGUGCCGACACAAACUGUGAUAAGGGAAGUGUUGCCUUUUGUCAAAAGAUCGCGCAAGUAUGGUGGAGUAAUGCUUUGGGAUCGCUCCGCUGAUAAGCAAACCGGAUUUUCCAGAACCAUCAAGGGCAGUGUUUGAGGUUUGCACAAAAACCAAGUUUGAAGUUUAGCUCCUUCACUUGUGUUGUUGAAUUCUGUUUCCUCGUAAAAGUGAAUAAAAAACGAUCCAAAUAAAGGGGCAAGUGUGUAUGUAUUACAUAGAUUAAGGACGUAGAAGGUCUUCAUGAUGCUUGAAAGAGUUGUUGAUUCAAUUUGAAACCAUGCAUGUAAUGUUGUCUAGUCUAUAAAAUGAUGUUGAUACGCAA